AUGUAUGAAAAUCAGGACUUGGAGAGGCGUAACUACAUGCGCUUGAUCGCUCGUUUCAGUCCAAGUCUUCCUGGAUCUGCCUUGACUUCUGCUCCCACUACUAGUAGUGCACCGACCACAGCUGCACAGAAUUCUGGCACCCCAGGCACUACUUCGACUCCAACCAUAAUUACCCCCACCCCCACCUCCGCCCCUGUAGCUACUUCUACCCAACAAUCCUCCCCUUCCAUUGCACCCACUACGUCCUCUUCUUCAUCCACCUCCUCGUCAACCCUAUCCUCAAGCACUGCUACCUCCUUAAGCACUUCUACCUCAUCUACGUCCUCAACCUUAGCCCCACAAACUGUGCUGUCCACCACCCCUCCAGCAGCAGCAUUCACCUUGUACUCUACCUCCAUGCUCACAUCGCCAACUCAUAUCGUCAUUAGUACCGGAACCAUCGCAUCUGCAACUCCUUCUUCAACUGCUGGCUCUUCAGGCUCUGUUAACACUGCUGCAGUCGUAGGUGGUAUCGCUGGCUGCCUCGCCGGUGUGGCUAUACUGGGUUUCCUCAUCACGUGGUGCAUCCGCCGAAAACGCCAGUCUGAUGAAGACGAAUGGAGCGCUUCAGCCUUCAAACGUCAGUCUGCUAUCCUUGUGGAUGAUCCAGAGCCAUCCUUCAACCCCCGUCCACCAACCAUGAUCGAACGUCACAACGCAUCCCCUGCACUCAACGCUCAACACAACUAUCAGAACUAUUACGGUGGUUAUGGUCAACAAGCUGCCUACAGAUACCCCAUCCCUAACGAUCCUCAGGCUCACUAUGUCAAUCUCGAUCGUUCCAGCGUAACUCCAUUCCAAGCUGCCCAAUAUGCCGAUAUAUCCCGUCAGCUGGGCAGUGACCUACAUUCCACUAUGGCUCCACCCCAGCACUCGGAUUCUCUAUUGCCUAGCCCGUUUGAUGACAAUGCAGCAGAAGAAACCUAUCAUACACAGGAUGCUGUGCCUCGUGCACAAUCUCCUGGUUACGCUGUGGAUCCUUUUGCUACCGCUAGCACGGCGUCUGCACCUGAGCCGGUCCCAGCGUCCCGCAGGCGAGACAUCUCCAAUACCCAGCGGCCCGAUACCGUAUACACCGUGUACGAAGAAGGCGAUGCCUAUGGUGGUAUCUAA